CUGGACCUGCGAGCUGCGCGGGCGGCGAGCCAGGGGAGCGUCUAGGACAAUGUCAGGAGAACUACCACUAAACAUCAAUAUUAAGGAGCCUCGAUGGGACCAAAGCACUUUUGUUGGACGCGCCAAUCAUUUCUUCACUGUAACUGACCCCAGGAAUAUCUUGUUAACCAACGAACAACUAGAGAAUGCAAGAAAAACAAUACAUGAUUACAGACAAGGAAUUGUGCCUCCUGGUCUUACAGAAAAUGAGCUAUGGAGAGCAAAGUACAUCUAUGAUUCAGCUUUUCAUCCUGACACGGGUGAAAAGAUGAUUUUGAUAGGAAGAAUGUCUGCUCAGGUUCCAAUGAACAUGACCAUCACUGGCUGCAUGAUGACGUUUUAUAGGUCUACACCAGCGGUGCUCUUCUGGCAGUGGGUUAACCAGUCCUUCAAUGCGGUAGUCAAUUACACCAACAGAAGUGGAGACGCCCCUCUAACUGUAAACGAAUUGGGAACAGCCUAUGUUUCUGCCACAACCGGUGCUGUAGCUACCGCCUUAGGACUUAAUGCACUAACCAAGCAUGUCUCACCCCUGAUAGGACGUUUUGUCCCCUUCGCUGCCGUAGCUGCUGCUAAUUGCAUUAAUAUUCCAUUAAUGAGGCAAAGGGAGCUCAAGGUUGGCAUUCCUGUCACGGAUGAAAACGGGAACCGACUGGGUGAAUCAGCAAAUGCUGCCAAGCAAGCCAUCACACAAGUUGUUGUCUCUAGGAUCCUCAUGGCAGCCCCUGGCAUGGCGAUACCUCCAUUUAUCAUGAACGCUUUAGAAAAGAAAGCCUUCUUAAAGAGAUUCCCUUGGAUGAGUGCACCUAUUCAAGUUGGAUUAGUUGGCUUCUGUUUGGUAUUUGCUACUCCCCUCUGCUGUGCUCUGUUUCCUCAGAAAAGUUCCAUGUCUGUGACAAGUUUGGAGGCUGACCUGCAAGCCAAGAUCCAAGAGACCUAUCCCGAACUACGGCGCGUGUACUUUAACAAGGGAUUGUAA